ACUUUGAGUGGAGUGGAUGAGUAUGUUGAUUGUUAUUUAUGCUUUUCUGCAAAAUGGUAUAGAAUUGCAAAUAUGAUAUAUCAAAAGAAAUUAUAUGACAUAUGCAAUUCUUUUACUGAAUCUGCUUCUAAAUUUAGAACUGAAUUUUUAUUAGUUUGUUAUGCUGGUUGUUGCUAUGCUAUUGUCAUGGCAAUACCGUGUCAUUUUGACCAUGUUGUCUUGCACUAUAACUUGGCUUUUCUGGUUUUAGUUGGUUCUUACUAAAUUUGCUUACAGAUUGCCAUCACUCAAGAUGUUUAAUGCAUGCGACAAAAACAAAGAGUAAUCUCGGUUUUAUUUUGGCAAUUUCUACAUUUUAUUUGCUCUAAUUUUAGUUCAUUUAUUUUCAUGCUUUGCUACAUGCUGCCAAAAAGUAAACAAUGUUUCUUUAUUUUUAGUGGAAUCAAUGUUUUCUUGUUGAUAUAUUUGUGAAGUUUACUUAUUUUUCUCUCAUGUGUCAUGUGUGCAUCCUGUUCUUGUGGUUUCAAACGUAUGAAAAGCAUCAAAUUGCCCUGUUGACUCUUUUUUUUUCUUUAAAGGCUAGGCUUGUGAGUAUUGGUUGCUCAAGAACUUUGAGUUUGGCAUGGAGAUUGGUUUGUUCACUCUGCACUUUUUCUACUUUGUUCCGUUUACUUGAUUUUGUUCGGAAUUAUUAUAUUAUGGCUAUUACUUUGUUCAACUUACCCUGACUGCUUGGAGAAAAUGCUUUUGAUAUUUCUUGUCUCAUUUCAUUGUCAUGUGGAUCUUUGUAGGAUUGAUGAAUGGAUUGAUCUUACCAUCUUGCAAACUACUUAGAGUGUGUUGACUCGUCCAUCUUAAAGUAGAUUAUUUCUUUCUGAGGUUAUUCUAUUACCUGUUAUCAUAUUAUCUUUUGUUUAGACUUUCCUUUAGUUCCUUUCAUUUAGAGUAGAUUUAGAUUGCGUUGGUUUUUUUUUUUUAACUUUAUUUCUCUUUUCAAAUAUUUUGAUAUGUUUAUGAAUUUUGUGCUUAAUAUCACCAUUGUUUGUGAUUGCCAUGGACAAAUUAAAUAAAACUAAUUCACUUAUUACAUUUUAUGCAGUGAUUGUUUUGAGCUUUUGUGCUAAAGCACACUACAACUCAAUGCAUCCUUUUUGGUAAAUAUCUCCUCUGUGAUUUUGAAAGUUUUUCAUGUAGCGAUUGUUACAAUUUGUUAAUGAUGUUAUAGGCCAAUAAGUAUUGUUUAUACUCUCAUCAAUAUUAUUAUUGCUUGGGUUACAUAGUUAUUGGCAGAUUUCUAUUCUCAUCAAAUUUGUAGUUGCAAUUUUCAGUUAGAGUUCUGAAAAUGGUCAAGAGGAAGAUUACUGGAGAUUUUCCUUUUAUGAUUCUCAUAUUAGAAGUGAACUGAAGGUAGAAAUAACUAAAAAUGUUACAUAAGUUAGAAAAGUUAUUAUGCUAAAAUUAUUUAAUGUUUAGAUUUAGUGAUUAAUAGUAGAGUCUUGACUAGUUUACAUGAAUGUAUAUACUAUAUUGAUGUUACAUGAUGAUCAUUCAGUUAUAAAAUUAUAGUACUUUC